AUGAACUCCCUACAAGAGGCAAUAUUGAAGAUGGGCGAAAGUGUCACCAAAGGUCUGGAGGGAGUAAAGAAUGAAAUGCAUGAAGUAAGAAAUAAUAUGGGAAAGAUUGAGGAGCGUAUAGGAGUAAUACAAACAGCCCUGCAGAAAAAUGAACAGGAAAUUCAAAAUGUUAAGGAGAGAACGGAAAUAGCGGAAAAAAGAAUAGACAAAGUAGAGGACAAUCUGGAAUUUAUAAACUCAAGCCUGGAGGAGGCCAUUCUCCAGCUAGAAUUAGAGCGAUCAGCAUACUAUUUGAGACUACAAAACGUGGAGGAAGCAAAAGAUGAAAACCUCCAGGAGCUGAUUGGAGAAAUCCUGGGACUAGUCCUUGACAGGCCGAAAAAAGAGGUCAUUAACGAUCUGGACGAAGUCUAUAGAAUCAAUACAAGCUUCGCGAGACGCCAUCGGCUUCCAAGGGAGAUUCAUGACAAUAAAGCUGAUGCAGUUUCCUUGGAUGCCGGAGAUGUUUACUCUGCUGUGAAGCUUUAUGGCUUGACUGUGGUGGCCAAGGAGAUCUAUUUGGGAGGUAGCUGUGUGUUUGCAGUGGCUGUGGCCAAGUGUGGAACGCUAGAUAUCCAAAGGCUCAAAGGAGUCCGAAGUUGCCAUAAUGGAGCUAGGUGGACUUCGGGCUGGAACAUUCCCAUGGGCUUCCUCUUAGCUAGGAGUGAUCUGAUGUGGUUCUCAGGCCGGCCCCUCAGCGAAGACUUGGAACGGGAAGAGUAUGAGCUGCUGUGUCCUGAUGGAUCCACUGCGCCUUUGACGGCCUACUCUACUUGCAACCUGGGCAGCGGACCGGGCCGCGCAAUUGUCACACGCCACAACUUGCAGAAGACAGCGAAGAAAUUUCUCAAGAUCAUCCAGCACCUGUUUGGAAUCAGAGGAAAAGAAAAGGCCAGAUUUGAGCUCUUCACAUCUGCACCGUUCAGAGGGAGGGACCUGCUGUUCCACGACGCCACUCAGAAUCUGCAGCUGCUGGGAGAAGAGACCGAGAUCAGUCAGAUUCUUGGCCUGGACUACGUCACCCUUCUGCAGGGUUUGGGACACGAAGGGAGCUCUCUGUCCAACAGCCUGGUGCGCUGGUGCUGUAUCAGUGACCUGGAACUCCAUAAAUGUGAGGAGUGGGCUCUGAAUGUCAGGUCUGACCCCCUGGUCUGUGUCCAAGCAGACUCCAUGAUCGGCUGCAUUGAGCUCAUCAAGAAAAACGAGGCAGAUGCUGUUACUCUGGAUGCCACCCAUGCAUACUUUGCAGAGACCUGCACACUCGCCCCUGUGGCUGCAGAGUGUUACGGAGAAGAAUGUGCUCCCACAAGGGAGGAACUGGACCUGUUGACCCACGUUGGGGGUCUUCCUCCCCUCUACUCCGUAGCCCUGGUGAGGAAGGCCAACCAACAAAUAAGCCGAUACACCCUGAGGGGAAAGCGCUCCUGCCACAGCCACGUGUACAGCCCAGGUGGGUGGCUGCUGCUCUCCCAGUUCACAGCUGGGGCCCUGGAGAAAGGCAGCAGCACCUGCAACCUCACCUCUGCAUACCAGAAUUUUUUUUGGAAAGGCUGCAUGCCAGGAGCCAAUGGAAAUCUGUGCAAAGUCUGCAUUGGACAAGAGGGGAGAGUCAAGGGAUCCUCUAAGUGUGCAGCUAAUCAUCAUGAACGAUACUAUGGCAAUCUGGGGGCCCUCAGAUGCCUCUUGGGUGAUCCCACUGGGAGAAGCUUUGGUGAUGUUGCUCUUUUGGAACAUCAUAACCUACUUCAGAACAUUGAAUAUCUGACUAGCUCAGGAUGGGCCACCGGCUACUCUCCCGGGGAUUUUGAACUCCUUUGCCCAGACGGGAGCCGAGCAGCCAUAACAGCUUGGAGGACCUGCAACCUGGGCUGUGUUCCUCCCAGCAUUGUGGUGACUCGACCAGUGACUGUCACUAAGGUCCAGGAUUUCUUAUUAAAGUCCCAGGAAUCAAGCAAGAACAGUUUUCAGCUCUUUGAGUCGCUAAGAUAUGGAGGAAAUGACCUGCUCUUUAAAGACGCUACUCAAGGCCUCGUCUUCACAGGCCAGUUGGACUUCAAGUCGAUUCUUGGACAGUCUUUCUUUCAGCUUGCCCAAUCCGUCUUCAGCUGCACCUCUGCAGGUAUCCUAGACUUUUGCGAACUGGAUACUUGUACCUCUUCCACACAGCCUUGAGGUUAUCCAGAGAAGCUCUCUUCAACUCUGCCAGCUGAAAGAAGAGAGAGACACCUAUACAAGCUUUUUCUGUCACCAAUUCUGGUUUAUGGCAAUUUUCCAAUUUUCUUAUACAACAUCCAAGUUAUCCUUCAGCAUCUAUUGGAAAAUCCAUCUUUGAAUCUAUCCUACUGGUAUGUUAGCCAAUGGAAGGCAUCCAUGCAAUGGAUUAACUCUCACCCCCCCCUCCAUCUCUAGAAUUCACAAUCCCAGCCAGAUUUUGGCUGCACCUGCCACCUUUUCAGCUCCACUCUGUCUUCUGCCUUUCGUGAGGAGGGAGGGAGGAAGGGAGGCAGGCUGAUGUGGGAACUCUCCUCUUGUAUCUGCAUCUCUCUCUGGUUACCUCCCAUCACUUCUGCAUUCAGCAUUGAUCUGUUCAUUUUCUCUGAGUCAAAGUUCCAUCUGAAUGAAGAAGAACUGGUUGAGACAAUGGCACAGCUCCAAUUUCCCCAGUCCCUGGCAAGAAGCUAUCUUGGGACCCCAGGAGUUUUGUUUCCCUGGCUUUAGCAGGAUGUAAGAAGAGCCGGGACUCUCCUCUUAAUCCUUCCCUUGACUGAA